GUCCGAGCUGGCGUAUAUAAGCGCGAGGGUUUACUGUGCCACAGCACGAGCGUUACUGUUUUCGAGAGUGCGUGUCAUAAUUACAUUAUCUCUAGCGGAUGAGUGGCUUUAUAUAGUGUGCAGUGAGGCAUUUUAGAGUGAUUUUCGCGUGCGAUUUUACUCUCGGCGCGAGAAAAAGCGAAGAAACGAUCGCACUUAGUAGUGUGUGUGUGUGUGUGUGUGUGGUGCUCGCGUUUCUCUGGUAUUAUUCAUGAGCAACGGUGGAUCCUCCCAGGGGCGGAGUUAUUCAAAGUAGGCGUGGCGGUGGUAGAUAAGUGACAGAUGAAUCACGAUCCGUGCAGUCGUGUUAGAGGCUGAUGGAUGUGGUUCAGAGUGAGCUUCUGGUCGCCGGUGGGGUGAGUUUGCACGCUCACCCUCAGCCCAUCACCGUCCAGGAAGAGGUGACCGCUAACAUGGUGCUAACUGAACUCCCUGCCAAUCACGAGACUCCUCAGGACGGGACUCUACAUGUCGACCAGAUCAAGAAUGGCCUGCAGGUGCGAGGCGAGACGGCGCAGAGACUGAGCAAGCGGCGCUACACCACGAGCGCUGGGUUCAAACACCCGAGCAUCAGUAAACGCAGACGCCGCGCUAACUCCGAAUGCGACCCGGUUCUGCCCUCCAACUUCCUGCUGGGCGGGAACAUCUUUGACCCGCUGAACCUCAACAGCCUGUUGGACGAGGAGGUCAGUAAGGCACUCAAUGCCCAGACGCCCAAAUCCUCGCCCCUUCCCAAGAAAAGCAGGGACCCAGUGGAGAUCCUGAUUCCCAAAGACAUCACCGAUCCUCUGAAUCUGAGCGGACGCGGCGGUGAUGGAGCUGCGGGUGUGUUAGUGUCACCUCUGAAGACCCGGCGAAGACAUCGCAACCGACACCAUCCUGGAGCGACCGCUGAGCCAUCUGACAGUGAGAGGUCAAAGGUCAACGACGAGGGGUCGGUGAUGUUUCCUGCCAUCAGUUCAGUGCCUGACAAGGUCACAGACGGCGCUGCUGUGCUUCAGUCUGUAGAGGCGUCGCCGCGUCCUUACGAACUCAACACAUCAAUCAACUGCCGAGACGAAGUGGUGACGCCCAACCUCCCGCGGCGACGGUCACACCCCUCCUCCUCUAGCUCCGCCCCCCAGACACAGCCAUCCAAACACAGGAAGCGCAGACGAACCAACAGCCGUUCGGACCGCCUGUCCAUCACUCCGACUCCGCCCAUCAAGCAGAGCGUUGCACACAGCCAGACGUUUCACACUCCUGUUUUGGGCGGAGUCUGUGGAGCUCCGCCCCUGAGGGUGGAGAGAACCCCACAGCAGCGGCGCAGGAUGCAGCGCAGCUUCCAGUAUGGAAGCUACAACCGUUACUACGGUUACCGCACACCCUCGCUGACCGCAGACCCUCGCUUGGCCCUGUUUAGACCCGAGUGGUUCCGUGGGAAGAAAGUCCUGGAUGUGGGCUGCAACACGGGUCACAUGACCCUCGCCAUCGCCAGACACUGGAGCCCUGAGCGCGUGCUGGGUGUGGACAUCGAUGGCGCGCUGGUGCACGUGGCCCGACAGAACCUGCGCUACUUCCUGUCGGAGCUGCAGGGAUUGGAUGAGAGCGGUGGGCUGCCGGGUGAAGGGUCAGAGGUCAAGGCUGGAGGUCAGAUGGGGUUAGCGUCUCUGAUGGACCUGCAGCUGGACCACGGUCAAACGUUACGCAGGUUUCCCAUCUCCUUCACGCGCUGCCGUGGACCCAUCGCUACAUUUCCCAUAAUGCCUCACGUCCCGGGCCAGUUCCCCUGCAACGUGUACUUCCUGAAGGGUGACUAUGUUCCGGACAGUGACGAGGCGGUGAUGUCUCAGUGUGCGGAGUACGACGUCAUUCUGUGUCUGAGUUUGACGAAGUGGGUUCAUCUGAACUACGGUGACGCUGGAAUCCAGAGACUGUUUCAGCGCAUCUACAGACACCUGUUACCUGGAGGAGUACUGAUCCUCGAACCCCAGCCCUGGAGCUCCUACAGCCGGAGCAAGAGACUCACGGAGGUGACGUACAGGAACUACAGGAGCAUCAGACUGAAGCCGGAUCAGUUCAGCUCUUUCCUGACGGCUGAGGUGGGCUUCAGCAGCUACGAGCUAAUCGGGACGCCUCACAGCAGCGCUAACGGACUUCAGAAGAUGAUUUACCUGUUCCAUAAAGGCCCCGCCUCCAACAGGAAGUGAGUUUCAGGAAGUGUUUGCGUCACCAUGUGAUCUUCUGAUUGAACACAAACACGUGGUUUUGUAGCGUUGUGCUUCUGAGGUUUGUUUCUUCCUGUGCCCUACGGAGGGAGGGCUGGACUACUUCCUGUUUGCUCUGUUUUAACUGCAGCGGUGACUGUUUGACCUCUGACCUCAGAGGGUGGACUUCAGUGUGUUCUUCUGUACGUCUGAUUCAACGACAGACUGAGUGACAUUCCCUGAUGCUAUGAACACACUUACACUUUCACACACACACACACACACACACACACACACACACUCUCUCUCACUCACUCACUCACACACACACACACACACACACACACACACACUCUCUC